UCUUCGAACUCCGGAGACGCAGCAAGUAACUUAAUUAAUAGUUUAACUAACGUCGGUGACAUGGAAUGGUAGCAUGGAGAAACGUUAACGAUGCAUGUCGGUUCACUGCAAGCAAAGAACAUUCAUUGAACUCUUGCCCAGCGCGCUCCGCCAGUAUUUGGCAACCCAGUGCUGCUACGGCGGCUGCAGCAGGUCGCUGCCAGCUGCCAUUCAUGCCGCGCGCGAGCAUUGACCCGCUGGAUGACGAGCAGCGCCGUCAGCGCCACUGGCGUCGUUCAGCACUUGGAUCCCUAGGACGGGUUGGAGCCCGACGCUCCCCACGGGCCCGACAGCGGAGGACUUGGGAACUACGGGAGAGUUGACGAGUGUUGAGAAUGUCGUCGUUGUGCUGUACACAGUCGACGUCGUCUCGUAGGCUCAGCUGCUUUGCGAUGCUGCUGAACAUAAACGAAUUGUGUGUUUGGUGUUUUUAGCCGGUCAACGUCUGCCACGCCUUGUCGAGGGUGCUGCUUCCAGCAUGGAUGCCUCGGCGUCCGACGUGUCCGGCCGUCUCUCAAAACGAACCUCCGUCGCUUCUAGCAGGGUGCCCGAAACCGAUCUUGUGCCACUGAACUUCAGUCAUACUUCGAGAGGCAUUAAAAAUGAAUUGUUACUCCAUGAGGCUGCAAUCAAGAAUGAUGUUGCAACACUUAAGCACCUUAUUGAAUCGAAAGUGGAUGCCAACGCAAGAACACAUAUGGAGAGGGUACCACUGCAUUGGGCUGCAGCUCAUGGCCACCUUGACGCAAUGGCAGUCCUCAUCCAGGCAAAAUGUGAUGUGGAGGUGACAGACAAGUAUGGGAUGCGGCCACUGCUGAUGGCAGCGUGGUUUGGUCAUUGUGGUGCUGUUCAGCUGCUCGUUGAAAGCGGGGCCAGCUGCCGAGCAGUUAACCGUCAAGGUCAAACUGUACUGCAUUGUGCUGCACAGAAUAAUCAUCAUGAAGUCAUUGCAUUCAUGCUGGACUCUACAGAGACCAUCAAAGUCAGCGCCAUUGACAAGAAUGGUCAAACUGCACUGCAUAUUGCGGCUAUCAACAACUGCAUGGAAAUUGUAGAGAAACUGCUACAGUACAAAGCUGACCCCAACAUCAAAGACAAGUCUGGGUGCACGGCACUUCACCAUGCUGCACAGCGAGGGCAUCAUCUUGUGAUGAAACGACUGCUGCAGAGCAAUAAGAUGGACAUGGAUGACCCAAACUAUGAGAGGAGCACACCUUUGCACUUAGCAGCACAGAAUGGCCAUCAGGCAGCUGUGCAGAUCCUUUUAGAACAUGGCUGUGAUGCUUCUAUCACUGAUGCUAAAGCGCGAACUGCACUUCACAUUGCAGCUUCAUUGGGCCACCUUGAUGUGGUAGAAACAUUGCUGCAGUUCAAAGCUUCACUCACUGUCAAAGAUAAGCAUGGUAACAUGCCUUUGCACCUAGCCGUUCUGGGUUGCCAUGCCCACAUGGUCGACUUACUGGUGAAGAAAGGCGCACUGGUGAAUGCAACCAACAAUCGUCUACAAACACCACUUCACAUAGCAGCAGAGCUUGGCUUCACUGAAGUGGUACAGGUGUUGGUGGGCCAUGGGGCAGACCUCUUCCUCCCUGAAAAGGGUGGACGCACAGCGCUCUACAUAGCUGCACGUGGCAGCUAUACAGCAAUAGUGGAUAUGCUCAUUACGGCCGAACGGGAGAUCAAGCACAGGAGCAAGGUCAAAGAGCAGUCAGUUACAACACUCCAGCCUGGCACCCGCCAGUUUUGCAACAGUCUUGUGGACAUCAAGGAGGAAAGUGUGGCAAGCGACCAGCAGCAGCAUUCUGGUGCCGAGAACGCCGAGGACGGGGAACAGUUGCAGCAGCAGCGACAGCAGCAAAUGCAGCGUUUGUCCUGGACCCUGGCCAAGGAAAUGCUGAUGCCCAACGACUGGAAACAUUUGGCCCGACACUGGGGAUUCACUCCUGAACAUAUCAAAGCCAUUGAACACCAGUACACGGGUAAAUCCAGCUACAAAGAGCAUGGCUAUCGAAUGCUACUCAUCUGGUUGCAUGGCCUCCCACCAAACACAAAUCCUCUCAAGGAGCUCUUCGAGGCUUUGGUUGCCAUUGACAAAAGGGACAUUGCUGAAAAAAUACGGAAGAAGGCGGAAGAAAAUGCAUAUGGAGCUCGGCGCUUCAGCCCCAGCCGGCUCUGCCAUAUGUGCUGCCUGCUGUGACUGCCAGGCUGGUGACACCUAGCCCUGACAACAUGUGGUCUGUGGUGGAAAAAAAGAAUAACUAAAAUAGAUCUGAAAGAAGUCGGAGGAGAAUGCGUGCGGACUGCGUUGGUUCAGCCCUCGCUCGGCUGUGCCACACGCAUUGCCUGCUGUGAUCGCCAGGCGGGCGCCAGCCCCAACAAGUGCCUACACACCGCCUGUGUUCCUCCUGCUUGCUUUGUCACGAUAAAAAAUAAUGUGCCUCACAUCAUUGUUCACGGUGGAUCAAAAGGGAAGCAAGCAAGCAAACCUCUGCGUGCCAACUUGGCUAAUGGUGCAGCAGCGACGACGUUUGUUUCUUGUCGAGACAAUUUCAGAGGACCCAUGGAGAUGAAACAAGGCAAGACUACCUAUAUACACAUGUAACUGUUCUUAAAGGCAUGGCCAAAUGCAGAAGCUUCCAAUGCAGAUCGAGUACACCAGGUUUGGAAAAGGUUGAUGUAGAAGAGCUUGCGUGCUGCCCAGCAGAUUCGUGGGGAGGAACAGUUGGAAAAACAACUUCUGUGUUUCUCAAAGCAACUUGCCUCUGCUGUGGUACGUGUUGACUGUUUUGAUGUGUAUGCAUAAAAGUUGCAAGCACUUAACUGUAACUUCCUCACAUGGAGUGCAUUCACAGAGUUUUGAAAUUCAGCAAAAACAAGUUUUAGAAAAUAAAUGGACGCUUUCAUUGAGAUUACUGUUUUAAUUACUGUGGUGAGGAUUCUUCCUUCACAAGCAGGAAAAUGUAUUGUCUCCAACUUUCUGAAGCAAAAGAAAUUCAUCAUGAAUAAGUUACUCCUCCUAGCUGCUCUCAGAACAAAUGUGAAGCACUUUGCCAUUCAAAUAGUACUCUCAAGGUUUCAUUUGCUGGAAGGACUCUGCAGAAAGAAAUGCCUGUUUUGUUUAGUCUGGCAUAACAAGACAAAGUCCACAUUGAUGUGAAAACAGAACACAGAUUAAUGUGCGACAUUUAUUGAAAAAGCUGGAAAGUACUUAUCAGUGCCAGGAUGAAGCAGUGGUAGCUGAAGUAAACACUAAUUGCAUAAAGUAAUUAUUUUCCAAUGAUUGAAUGCGAUAGGAUAAUGCAAUGUCUCACCUGAAGCUUCCUUAUGUGCUUGUCUCCAAUUAUCUGCUCAAGUGUGUAAGGGAAAUGCAUAAAAAUUGGUAUGGCACUUGCAUCCACAGUUUUGACUUCGUGCAGCACUUAGAUUUGCAAAAAGAAGGAUCACUUCUAUUUAUAUUUUUCUGCACUUGCAACUUCACAAAUAUGGAUUCAAUAUUAGCAGACUAGGACAUUCAAUACUUGUGCAAGGCCGGGAUCAGUGGGUUUUUCACUAUUGUUUCACUAUUUUUGCAUUUAAAACACAAAUAUGAAUCAUUUCUUAAGUUUGCUAAUGUGUAUGUAGCUUCAUUAUUUUUGUUUAGUGUUAUUCUACUGUAUUGCGAAAAUAAUAAGUUAGAGGAUGUUCCAAUAUUGGGCAUUGAUAUGCCUACUUGCAGUUAAGCUCUAUGUUUCGUCUGUUGUUGGAAUUUGUUUUGCUCAUUGGCUGCACACAAAAUUUAAGUGGCACUUGUAUGCCGGCAUUUAUAUACUUGCACUUUGCCUUUGCCAAAUUUUGAGGCUUAUUAUAAAUAUAAGCAGCUUAACAAAUUGAUUAUGGAUGAUACUAGUUAUUUUUCAAACCAGUUAUUUGGCUUCGCCAGUUUGGCCACAUCUUGUACACAUUCAUCUUAGUGACAGAUUCCAUGUUAGCUGACCUGCUUCUUGUUGCAGCAGGACAUUUGAGCAUGGUUACUGUCCUUGUGCCAGAGCAUAAUGGUGACAACUGCAAGUCUGAAGAGCUAACAAAGAAAGAGAAAGAAAUUAGCUGUUCUGCAAGUGUCACCUUUUCCACGGUGCCAGCAACCUGACAGUAAAAAAAUGGUCCAACACAAGACAUCAUAUUUAUUGUGAUAUGCAUGUAGAUCAACACAACUGAUCAAAUCAAGGUAGAAGUCCUGAAUUUUACCUUGAUCACCCCACUUUCAUGAAAAUCUAUAAAUAUUCAACCUUACACCUACUUUUCCUUAUUUCAUUUAGAUGGUAUCCUGAUACAUUAAAAAUCACUGUGACUGUGGCGUUUUCUAGCAAAGGAAUUGCUUUAUAAAACUGGGUGCUAGUGAAGCUUUUGCUUAGUGUGUUCCAUUUUGUAAUAACCUUGCAUAGAAGAGGAAGUUUACAGCUGAUCCUGAAACUGCUUACUAGGCCAGUAUAGUGUAGGGAUUCCUUUCACUCAAUUUAUUCCUUUCUUAUCCAUAGCUCAUGAGUGGUUGACAUUAAAUGAUAACCUAGGCAAAGUGCCACACGAACCACUGAUAAAGCACGAAAAGGAUAAUAAUUGGAAUAGAAUCGUUACAUCAUCCUGGCCCAGGAGUGCUUUCAUGCAAGUGUACACACCUCUUAACAUCGGAGCGUCAUCUGCUUAGUCUUGCUGCUUGGAUCGCACCUUGUAAUUUUUGCUACAGUGCCAGAUUAUUACGAAGAAGAGUACAAUUGCCAGACUCGUCAUGGGAUGAACUCAACUAACCUGGAGUUCAGGUGGCUUGCUCGUUCUGUAAUCUGUUUGUGUAAACCCCCUUCUUUUGUGUUCCAUGUUUGAAUGGAGCGUGAUAGCGCCUGUGAUAACCAAGCACCUUUUGUCAAGAAACAUAACUGCACUAGCGCACGCGGUGGCUGGGACAUAUCAACAACACAAUGCUGUCCUUUGUGAUGUCUCCUUUUCUUAAUUGCUGUGUACUCAGUGCUGUGUAUCAUGCCCUUAUUUGUUGUUUAUUCAUUAUGGGUGUAAUGAAAAUGAUGGCAGUCAUACUUGUGAGAGAAAGAUUGCAGUUGCAAAUGGCAGCACUGCACGAGCAGCGAUCGUAACGGAUGAACCCCAGAUGCUCAAAUGGUUGAAAAUAAGUGAUAAGACGUUUUACUGUGAUGCAAGACUUGCCGAGAACUUAUGUUGAUUUUUGUUCUUCUGCAAAAGUUUUGCAAACAGCUUUUUUAUUUCUUUUUUACCCUUGUGUCUCAAAGUGAUCACUCUGUUGAGGUUGCUAAUUUCUGUUGCAACACAACAAAAUUUGCAAAUUUCUCUUAUUGCCGUAACUUGCCCAUAAUUGUAAAUUUUAGGAAAUGGACAUGUUAAUAACUUCAAAUUAAUUUUUUUUUUAUCCAGGAGAGGUCGUGCGGCAGUUUCUUCACACUGAUUUGUCACCAACCCUUUUAGGUAGCCGUUUCCAAAAUCAUCACAACUAAGUCUGUGGUUGUCAUUUAGUGCUUUACAGAUUUUGAAGAUCCAAGGAUUCAAAACUAGUGAAGUUGCCAAAAACAAGGCUCCUAAUUAGUAGCCUGCUGGUGGAACUGUGGACAUUACAUCUGCUGUAUGCAACAAAAGUUAUAGGAAAAAUUAUUGACAUCAUGGAGUUAUUUGAUGUUUAGAACUGCUUUUAAAGGUUGCUGCUGAAUAUUUUAUGGCAAUCUUAAGCUGUCUACACAUUCUAGCAGAGAAAGUAAACAAGCAUGUGGAUUUGGCAGUUUACAUUUUCAAACCCCAAGUAACCCAUCACAUAAAUUGAUGCGAGAUUUUUUUCGUUGUUGUUGUUCUGCUCUCUUUUUUUCUUAAAUAGAUAGUUGAUAACUGGAUAAAGGGAUAUUGGUUCUGGAAAGGGUUCUUGUGAAAUGUUUGCUUAUGAGAUAGCAUGACUUGCUGCAUUUAAAACAUUACGUGGGAUUGUAAAUUAAACAUGGCUCUAUUGACAUGCAUGGUAAAUGAGAGAGAGCUUUGAAAGAUUUUCUUGAUGCGGCUAAAUUGUAGGAUUUAAAAAUGAUGGCUGACUGCAUAUAAAUGGAUGACUUUACUAGCAUUUAUAAGUAGCUCCAGCAUUACAAGGUUCUGCAGCUGUUCUUACAGAUGGUCAACAAACUAAAGUCUUGUAGCUGCAUGCUGUCUAUUUCCAGGUCUGGAACUAUUCAGGCCAGGCCAAGCAGGAAGAAGGUGCACUCUUAGCAGCUGUGUUAACUGCAUCUUGCAUGCAGUCCACUAUCUACACAUACAUGUGUUCAGGCUUUGCAUCGUACAAGCUAGAGGGCACUGGGCGAUGGUUUCUGCAUGGUGCACGAAGAGAGAAUGUUGAUAGCACAGUUUCUAGACGAAAGCUGUUCGACGAGGUAUUUGCCUGAGCAUUGUUCCGUUACUGACAGGUAUCUGUUGAAGGUUCGAGUGUUCUGUUCCUCUAGACUAGAUAUUUGUAUAUGACUGAAAACUCGUGAAAGUGCUUAAAGACAAGAGCAAGUAUUGGGGAGGCAUAUAUCAUUAGCAGGUUGCUUAGACAUGCUGGCACAUUGCACACAUAGAUUGUGACCUAGACCUACUGCAGCCAAGCAUCUAGAAGACUUGGCAAUCGACAGUGGCGGUGUUUAUAAGAGACUGGUACUGAAUGCAGCUAUCUGCAAACGUAUUGUUCACGAUGUAGGCCAUCUGCUCGGAAAGAUACCCACAUGCUCCUGCACGAGCUUUUCACAACGAGACUUCUGUAAUAGGGCCACCCUUGCUCCAUGUUUUGUCACCUCUUGGUGCAUGGAAAUCCACAGCCUACUUUAAAUCUUCUACGUGUUGCAAGUACCCAGUGCCAUUUUUUUUUUCUUUGCUAUAGUGAUAGCCUUCUCUUACAUUAAAAGGCUAUGUUUACAGGGGUACAUGUCUACCUUCUGCUGUUGCCGAGAAUUUAAAAUUUUGUGCCACAGUCUCACUGUCUUCCUUUGGAGCAAGUUGUAUGAAGUGUUCAACAACGACAAUCACACCUGGUGGAUUACAGUAAACAUGGUUGGAAGUCACUAGAACCUUGAAAGACUGUUUUGCGAGAGCGACUCGUGCAAGGUGUACCCACAGCAAUUUUUGUCAUCGUGAAUGUUUCCUUCUGUGUAGUCUUGGGCCAUUCUAUCUGUACUCCAUCUGACUAAUUGGCCUAACAAACAAAGGCAAGUCUGUUGAGAGCUUUCUCUUACUACAGAUCAAAUAAAGCCAUCUAUGUUUAAUGUGAUUCAUGCAAGCUUAUUUUGUUUAAUACUACAAUUCAGGCACAAAAGGUCUGUUGCUUUUUGCUGGUCUUGAUUAAAUGUUUAAUUUUUUUCCUUCAGCUCUCCUGAAAGGAUUCUCAUUUGGCACUAGCUGCAAUUUUUAAUUUCCAAUCACGGAUAUUGGGGGACAGGCAUGUCACCUUCGCCAUUUUUGCAUUUCUGUUUUCUUGACGCAUUUAUUCCGUGAUGGAUGUCAAUAAACAAAGCAACACUGCCCAAGUCUACACGACCCUGUAGGGAACAGGAGCGAGCUACCUGUUACACAUUGUACACUUGGUUAAUAGGUGCAGAUGACGCCAUCUCCAUUAAGCUGGCAUGACUUGUGAGGAGCUCUUUUAAUCAUGCCACUUCUGGAACUACACUUUGAAAUCCAGGCAUGCUUACGGCCUCAGUACAUGGGGCUUAGUUGACUGACACACCACUAAUGAAAAGUACAACACUGCUUCAAUACAUUGUCGCCUAUUGCCUACAAGAGUCCUUGAGAUGAAAAAUCUAGCUCAAGAACAAUGCCAAUUCCAAAUACUGUUAUUUUGCAGCUUUUUCAUUUUCUUAAUACUGUUCUGAAAAAGAAAAUUGGCAUGUCUGUUAUUUUUGUUGUCUGCAAGUGAUGUGACAAUUGGCACAUGGUUCCCUUUCUGCCAGUUACUGUGUCUGGAUUUCGAAACAAGAUGUAUGGCGAGUUUCACUAGUGGUAUGAAUAAGGAGCUUUGAGAAUUGCAAGAUGGUCACAUGACUAUCUGCCACUUCCACAUUGGCUCUCACACAUCAUGGCCGCAAUGAUGAAGUAUAGUGCUCCUAAUUGGCAUUUUGUGGACGUCUUGAAUGUGCGCCCCAUUACCUAUUUUUGUGUGCAAAUGCAUUUACAGUUAAUGGGUGUUUCAUGUGUCGUUUCUUGGCUAUGCUGUUUGGCACCUGUUAUUCUAUAACUUGUGUGUAAGGCUCUCUGCAAAACUAGCCUUCUCCAAACUCAUCUUUCAAGUCAGCCAUGAAGUGUCGCUGCAUUUUUUUCUUCUUCUUGCCUGUUCAUGCACAUCUCUGAACCUGUUGCAUCAAGUUGGUGUGAUGAUUAUGCUAUGACCUGGAAACCUUGUCAGUGAUGUUUCUCUGUUGUUGGCUGUUGCUGUACCAUGCUUGCACGUGCAGUCUGCAUACAACUAAUGUUUACAGGUCAACAUAAAUGUUAACCUAUGUGUACAUAAUAGGAAAAAUUUUCAUUUACAAGUUUCUCACGUGGUUUGUAAUUAAAGAUAGCAGAAAGCUAA